CUGUGUGUGUGUAUAACUACGAUCAUAAACAUGUUGAAUAUGUCAUGGCCUGCCUAACAUUUUCUCAAAAGCUAUCAGUAGCUAGCUGAACUAUCAUAUUUCAUCACCGUGGCUUCAAACCCAAACAAGGCAAAUCAACUGGUAGAAUCCCAUGCAAAGAGCAGUGAGCAUAUAUUCCCAAAGGAUAGCCUUGAAAGAACGAUAUCCGAUGUCACGUCGGGACUAGACCAACAGGGCAUGGAAGACAUCUGGGAGGUGAAGAAAGCCAAGUGCGAGUGUUGCGGAAUGUCAGAGGAGUGCAGCGAAGAGUACAUAAAGGGCGCGCGCCACAGGUUCUGGGGGAAAUUCAUAUGCGGCUUGUGUGGUGAAGCUGUGAACGAAACGACGCAGAAGAAUGGUGGAAAGGGAAAGGAAGCACUGGAAGAGCACAUGAAUGAGUGCGUCAAGUUCAACAAGAUUGGCAGGUCUUAUCCUGCGCUGUACCAGGCCGAGGCCAUCAAGGAGAUCUUGAAGAAAGCAUCAAGAAGCAGAUCAGCCAGGUCUGUGACUCCCUCUGAUGAGGUUGGUCUUAACAAGAGUGACACGAUCCUCAGGAGCUCCAGCUGUAUUCCUGCAAUCACUCGAGGCACCAUCAACAACGUCGCGUCUUGAUCGACUAGCUAGGUUUCACACCACACCAUGUUAAUUAUCUUGUUCUCUCACUACUGCUAGUUACUUGUCAAAAUUAAUUUAUUACGUUCCUGUUUCAAUUGUAAUUAGAUGUGAUAAGCUCUUCAUGGCUAAAUGGCAUGAUUUUUUAUAACUAGUAUUUUAUCGAAAUUUAAGGGUAAUUGUACAGCUGUUUCUUUUGCGCGUUUAUAUCUAUGACGGGGAAA